GUGCCUGAAAGCGAAAUGGAAGCUUCAACUCGAGGUAUGGCAAGAUCGAAGGCAACAUGCCACAAACCCAAGACCAUGCCAAAAGUCCCGGGUAACGACACAACUUUUUCCUUCGCGAUCAUAAAUGGCGUCCCAAAUGUCGAGUGCCCUCCGGGACUGAGACCUCUUGUAGCGCUCCACACAAUCGCGCUGUUGUUGGUGAUGACGAUCAUGGCAAGUUGCUGAGACUGGCCGUCAUCGACUUAGUCAAUGCUGACCUGUCGAGCAUUCCGAUGGAAUACGUAUAAUCCUGGAGGUAUAUCUCGUUCUCUUCCCUUCCUGACUCCCUAAUCUUGUCGCUCCCAAGACCAAAAGCCCAGUCUGCUUCGACUGUGACUCUUGCGUUUGGAGUGUCUUCCCUGCAUCCCCUCCUCACAUUGGACCCUAGAAGUCGCACAACCACGAGCGAGUCAAACAUGGGGCAACAAUCAUCCCCGCCCGGUGCUGGAAGAGGAGGUCGUCUAAACUCGGACCGCCCAACAUCAAUCUUCACCUUCUCCGACCCCGUCCAAUCAAGGCCACGGCCCAAUCUGACCUCUUCCUCCCAAGAGCCACCACCAAACAAUGGAAUCCGAACUCUCUUCAACGGGCACAUCAAACUCCGCGGUCGAAAUGACAAUCUGCCUCAAAAAUGGUGGCCCGCCUCGACCGCCAUCCCUCUCCUUGUCGCCACCAUCGGUCCGCUCUCGCAUGUGCUAUCCAUCGCCUCUCUCGUAACCACCUGGAAAGUGACUCUUCCCAACUCCGGCAUCUUACCCGAGGGCAAAGAUGACAAUGGGAUCGGUAUCCCGGAUCCGAAGUGGGAGAUCAACGCCAACAUUGUGUCACUUAUCUGUGGGUUUGCGGGUAAUUUCUUUUUGUUGCUGAAUUUCACGGGGAGGGUGAGAUAUGUGGUUGCUAUACCGGCGGCGGUGGGAGCGUGGAUGGUUAGUUCGGGCAUUUUGGUCGCGAUUCUGUUGGCAAUGCAUAUCCAUUCGCCGCCGGUUUGGCCCGAGAUAUAUUCCCAGGGGUAUUACCAUGCCAUCUUUUCAGCAUUCUUCUAUGCUCUGGGGGCGGUUCUGUUGGCUAUCAAUAUGUUGGGAUAUCUGAGGGGGUAUUACCCGCAACAGUUCGACCUCGACGACGACCAAAGGACGCUGAUCUUGCAGACCAUGCUUUUCUUCGUGUGGUUGGCGGGCGGAGGGGCAGUCUUUGCCUGGUUGGAAGACUGGCCUGGGGGCUUUUGUGAUGGAUUGUAUUAUUGUGAUGUCACAAUCUUAACCAUCGGCUUUGGCGACUUUGCACCCGCUACAACCGCAGGCAGGGCCUUCCUCGUACCUUUCCAAACCUUCGGUCUUCUGUUCCUCGGUCUCGUCAUCUCCAGCAUCAGCCGCUUCGCCGCCAAUAUCUCGGCCGACAAGAUCAUCAAGCGGCAUCAGGAACAUUCGAGAAGGUCGACGGUUGGCAUGUCCGUGACGAACGAGAACGAGCUGAGAGAAAAACUGGGGUUGCCGCCAAAGAGGGGGGCGAGCGACGCAAGAGGGGAGAGUGAAGGGAGGCGGGCGUUCAGUGCGAGAAGGUCGUCGCUGGCGCAGUAUGGUCGAUUGGAGGUUGCGGGCACGUUGGUCACUUUUAGGCGGCAUUCUCGGGCUGUGCCUGAUGGUGCAAGUGAGGGCCAUUUGGUCGAGGGGGCUGCUGACGCAAAAGUGGGAGAAAAUGAGAGGCAGAACAGAACCAAAGAAGAGGAGGCUAGGCAGAAGAUGCUGAAGUUUGACUUUGGGAAUGAGAAGGGAAAAGGGGUCGAGGGGAAUCCUCAAGAAGGUAGCGGCGAGAAAACUUUAGCACAAGACAAGAGAAAAGAAAGAAGACAGAAGCUGUUGCUUUUGAAAGAAGAUAGGGAUCGGUUCGAAGCCAUGAGGCAGAUCCAAGACGAGACAAAACGGUGGAAGCAAUACUGGGCCCUCGCCAUGGCCUUCUUAGCCUUCACUAUCCUCUGGGGGUUCGGUGCCGUCGUCUUCAUGCUCACCGAAGCGCGAAUAUCCAACCUAUCGUACUUUGACUCGCUGUACUUUUGCUGGGUUUGGCUGCUUACCAUUGGAUACGGCGACAUAACUCCCAAGUCCAACAUCGGCAAGCCGUUUUUCAUCGUCUGGUCUCUCAUUGCCGUACCAAUCGUCACCGUCCUCUUCCAAGAGAUGUCGUCCACCAUCGUCAGUGCCGUCAACCGUGGUGCAUUCAAGGUAGCAGAUUGGACCAUCAUGCCUACUUCAAAACGUGAAGUGUUGGACAAACACAUGCAGAAACACCCCUGGUUGAAAAGAGUAAUCCGUCAAAAGCAAGACGCGGAAGAGUCCGCAGAUCAAGCCGCCGCAAAUACCGAACAGCCAACAGACCUAGCCAGGUCACUCGAGGGUCCCAAUGAGCAAGAAGAAGACCUCCCCUCGCUGCUCGCCGAAACCAUCAAAUCCAUAGCGCAUGACCUCCGCUUCUCCCCUCGCAAGCGAUACUCAUACGAAGAAUGGCAGCUCUUCGCCAAGCUGGUACAGUUCACCCAAACAGAAGAGGAGGUAGAAAAUGACGGACUGAUGACAUGGGACUGGUUGAGUGAAGACUCUCCUCUGCUGGCGGACAUUACUGAAGCGGAAUGGGUGUUGGAUCGCUUGUGCGAGUCACUUGACCGGUAUACCCGCUCCAGUUCCCAUCAAGAAGCUCAGCCGCAACUAGAUGAUGGUAAAGAGGGCGAGGUCAGAGAUGCAGAGGAGCUAGAUCCGCUGCGUAUUGAGAGAGAGCAGGGACCGGUUGAUGACAUAGAGGAGGAGGACGGUGGAAGAGGGAGGAGAAAUCGGGAUGUCUCGGCAAGCUGACCAAGAUGUCAAAAGCCACGCAUGUUUCAGGGUUGUUGUUAGGUUGUCAGGAACAGAUGGUGUAAACAAAGACAAUGGUCAGCCAUGACUAUUCGGAAUCCGGACCCCUGCAUUCUCAAGUUGUUCAAAAGGGAUCCAAAGGGAUUGUGUAACAGAGGCUGCAAGAUGUCCUUGAUAGCGUUGGGUUGGCAAACGGCUAGAUGCAUCGAAAUUGAUAUUAUGCUGGCAUGCGGACGGGAACUACUCUGUGAGAUAUUGAGGGUUCAAGCUGUACAUAAAGUGGUGAUGUCGUCAAG